CCAGUUUUUUGCUUCUUUUUUGCUUAAGUCCCUUGAGAAUGCGAGCUCCAAAUACUUCAUUUUAUUCCCGAAAGCAGAAGGUUUUAUUUUUAAAAUAAAGCUGUUUGUUUGGAACAUCUGAACACUGUUUCUUGAGGGACCACAGAGAUGAAUGACUUGAAAACUCGACUGGGAAGGCAUACUCUCACCCUCCUCCUGCUGUUUCUUUUCCAAAUUCAGAGCCUCUGUCUCAACGUUGACAGCCGCCCUCCUCCUGAUGUCUGCUCCACACACACGGUUUUACCUGGACCAAAAGGAGAUGACGGUGAGAAAGGAGAAAAGGGAGAGGAGGGAAAGCAUGGAAAAGUGGGUCCCAUGGGGCCAAAAGGAAUGAAAGGAGAACCAGGUGAGGUAGGAGACCAAGGUAUCCUUGGCAAAAUCGGACCAAUUGGUGGGAAGGGUGACAAAGGGCAGAAAGGCUUGCCUGGUGCCUCAGGUGGAAAGGGCAAAGCAGGUACUGUUUGUGAUUGUGGAAGAUACCGUAAAGUUGUUGGACAGCUGGAUAUCAGCGUUGCACGACUUAAGACAUCAAUGAAGUUUGUCAAAAAUGUUAUAGCUGGGAUUAAAGAAACAGAUGAAAAAUUCUAUUACAUUGUACAAGAGGAGAAGAGCUACAGGGAGUCCCUGACCCACUGCCGAAUCCGUGGAGGAAUGCUAGCCAUGCCCAAGGAUGAGAGGGCCAAUCAAGUCAUUGCUAAAUAUGUCUCAGACAGCGGCUUCUUCAGAGUGUUCAUUGGAGUGAAUGACCUAGAGAGGGAAGGGCAGUAUGUGUUCACAGAUAAUACUCCACUACAAAACUACAGCAAUUGGAAAGAGGGUGAGCCCAGUGACCCCUAUGGUCAUGAGGACUGUGUGGAGAUGCUAAGUUCUGGCCACUGGAAUGACACAGAGUGCCACCUCAGCAUGUACUUUGUCUGUGAAUUUGUGAAAAAGAAAUGAGCUUCUGAUGCCAUUUCUCUAUAGUUGUGUUUAUGACUAAACUUUUUAAUAAUUUUUUUCCUCAAUGUGUUUUGAUUCCCUCUCCUCCCCCAUUGUAAGCAAUGUCAAAUUUAAGCUUGGGAUCUUCAUAACCAUUCUCCUCUUUACUCCUUUAAAAAAAAAUUUGUUAUUAAAUAAAGUCCUCACCAGAUAACAUGGGAAUCUAGGAGAAUUCAGGCUCUUGUGUGAAUAAAACUUUAGGUUAGAAUUUCUUUUUGAAUUUUUUCUUUGUUUCAUAUCCUACCCAGAGACUUAGAGAAGUUUUAUGUAAAUAGCCAGUGAAUUUCCAAGUAUUCAUUCACUCACACACACUCACAUCAAUUCUCACUCAAACUGUUGCAAUAGCUUUCUAAUAGGUCUCUCUGUUCUUAUUCUUCCCUCUCCAAUCCAUUCUCCACACAGGUGCCAAACUGAUAUGGCUCAAAUGAGGUUAUGACCAUACUCUUACAUUUUAGAACAAAAUAGAAAAUUCUUGGUCUGCCAUUAAAAACUCCCUACAAAUUGGCUAGAACUUAUCUAUUUCUGUUUUUUAUUAGUUUCUUUCACAUAGUCUUCAUUGCAGUCUUUGAAACUCUUUUGAUAUCACAUUCUAUCUCUUAUCUCAGCGGCUUUGCACAUUCUGUCUUCUGGGUAUGGAAUGAAUUCUUUCCUCAUUUCUACCUCAGAACAUUCAUAGUUUCCUUCAAAGUUAUUCGGGAUCCAUAUCUUACAUAAAUUAUUUCUUGAUCCCUAUAGUGACAUUUCAGUCACUAUAUUAUUAAAUACUUAUUAAGUAUUAAUACAAUUAUUAAGUACUUAUGUGUCAAGAAUUGUUCUAAGUGCUAGGAAUACAAAACACACACACACACACAAAACAAAAAACAAAAAACUGACCCAGCUCUUGAGGGUGGGGGAAGUAUACUACUGAGGGAACAAUAAACAAAUUAUGUACAAAAAAAUUAAAUAUAUAACAAGUUUUAAAUAACAAUAAAAGGAACUAGAACUAAGAGUGAUCAUAAAAGGCUUCCUUUAGGAGGCAAGAUUUGAUCUGGGACUUGAAGGAAGCCAGGAAAUCUAAGAGGCAGAGAAAAGGAAAAAGAAAAUUCCAUGUCUGGUUUUGAAGGGAAGGGGGGAAAGUCAGUGAAAGUACUAAUAGUCAGGAGAUGCCAUGGUCAAAUCACAAAGUACCUGAGGGAGUGAAAACUGGAAAGCUGGUGGGAGGAGAGAAAAGUGGGGAGGAAGAAAGCAGUAACAAGAAAAGGUUAUGAAGAGCUUUGAAAUCCUACAAAAAGAGAAUUUAAUAUUUUAUCUUCCAAGUGAUAGGGAGUUACUGGGUUUUAUGAAUAAUGGGAGGAAUAACAUAAUUAGAUCCAUACUUUUGGGAAAAUCACCUUCUGAAAUUCAUAGGGCCAUUGAUCCAGAGCUGGAAGAGACCACAAGAGCCAUUGAAUUCUACCCUUCAUUUUCCUGUUGAGGACAAUUAAUUUAUAUUUAUACAUAAAGAAUCAAAGAUAAUCUGUUCCCUCAAUUGGUUUAUAUUAUAGUGGGAAAAAUAAUACUUGCUGAAAUUGAGUUAAAGAAUAGAAAACAUUGGCCAAGUUUCCUCUUUUAUUAUCUUAAUCUAUUCUACAUUGAUAACAAAUUGAAUUUAUUGAUUUUAAACUUAUCUAUAGAGUAAUGCUUAUCUUCUGAGACACAGCUCAGUGAAUUAGAGUUACAUCACAGACAUAGUUCUGAAGAGAAUUUGAAUGUGAAUUUGUUGAAUGUUGAAUAUUAUGCUUUGAAAUACAAAAGCAAUAAGUAAAGAGUUUUCAUGUAAAACAGCCACAGAAAGUCCAAUAAAAUUAUACCUGAAGUUCUGUAAUCUCCCAUUAAAGCCAAAUUCUAGAACAUUUAUAUUAGCUGAUUAAAUGCUAGCAUAAAUGGGAAUACCCUACGUUAAACUUAAACAACUUAGUUAUAAUUGUGAACAUGACAACUGGUUAUAAUAUAUGACUGGAUAAUUAAACUGAUGAAAUGGGA